UAUCAACUCGGAUAAGAGCUUCGGUAUUUGCGGACUUCAUUGUCAGAAGUAAACAGAAAUUUGCUGUUGGCAGUUGUCGUUUUUACUUCAUCCGAUUCUUUAUCCGACAUUGAAUUAUUUAUCGUAUCAUCCUUGUGUAACGCGUGUUCGUUCGGUUCCUCAAGAUAUAUUCCCGAUAUUAAUGAAUGUAUGUUUUUAAUUUCCGCUCGUCCAGUGACUUAUAAAUAUUGUAUAAUUGGACUUUAUUUUGGAAGAGUUAAUGCGAUAGCGCACUUGUCCAGUUCGGAACCUUGUGUAUCAGCUGCAUGGUGCCUAAAAAUACCUGAAUACCCUCGUGGAGAGAAAUGCAAGUGAUUACUGAUUCUGUGAGAUAAACUCAUCUUCAUAAGAUGAAAGUUAAGAAAGACAAAUGCGGUUGUACUGCCAUCUCCAUUUUCUUCAUCAUAUUAGGCGCAACUCUAGCGAUUUCUAGUAUAAAAAUUUACGACAUAAUCUUAAGGAAAAUAUUAGAUCUUACACCUGGUGGAUUACUCUAUAAAGAAUGGAUGAAACCAGCACCGAGCAUGACUUUCGAUAUAUAUUUUUUCAAUUGGACGAAUCCUCAAGAUUUCUACAACAAAAGUGUAAAGCCGUCAGUCACAGAAAUAGGACCGUUCCGGUUUGACAUGAUUCCAGAGAGGACGAAUGUCACCUUCAAUGCUGCCAAUGAUACAAUCACUUACGGACUGAGGAGAUGGUAUAAGUUCAAUGAGGCUGAGUCACCCUAUGGGCUUGACACUAAUGUGACUAUAUUGAAUCAGCUGUCAGCAGCUGCAGCGUACAAAUCUCAAGAAAUGAAUUUUCUUAUGAAAGCUAGUGUAUCAAUGAGCAUCAAUUCCAUGACUGAUAUUCACAUGACAAGAAAAGUAAGGGAGCUUCUUUUUGAAGGAUCACAAGAAACUAUGCUCGACAUCUUCAGGCAAUUGCCAUUUGGUGUUUCUAAGGACGAUAUUCCUGAAAGAUUUGGAUUUUUCUUUGGGAAAAAUGGUUCAAGUGACGGUACAUUCAAUAUAGGUACAGGACAUGGAACCAAGCAGCUUGGAAUGCUUUUUAAUUGGAAUGAAAAAAAUCACACCAAUUUCUAUGGAAACAGUUGUAACACUGUGGAGGGAGCUGCUGUAGAUUUCUUCACUGAUAAUAUCGAAAAACAAACAAUCUUCAUUUACAACCCAGAACUGUGUAGAAGGUUUCCUCUAGAUUUUGUAGGAAAAAGUACAGUGCACGGUAUCGAAGGCUAUAGAUUCGAAGUUGGGGAUUCUUUACUAGAUAAUGGAACGAUAAUUCCUGGUAACGAGUGUUUUUGUGCCGAUCAGUGUAUGAGAUAUGGAGUUUUCCCUGCAACUCUAUGUAAGGGACAUGCGAAUAAUUUCUUAUCUCUCCCACAUUUCCACAAAGCUGAUCCAUUCUAUGCCAGCUUAGUCGAAGGAAUGAAACCCGAUGCAAAGAAACAUAAUUUCUAUUUGGUUGUGGAACCUACCACAGGUAUUCUACUCAAGAUGAAAGCUAGACUGCAGAUGACCAUAUACGUAACAGAUUUCCCAUCGAUAAGUAUGUUCAGAGAGGCUCCCACGUUGCUCUUUCCGAUCAUGAGGUUUGAGAACAGCUUCAAAAUACCAGAAGUUGGCGCUUUCUCAUUGGGAAUACUGUUGAGUCUCAAAGGUGUUAUGAUCUGCGUUGGUUCCGUUCUUGUACUGUUAGGAACCUUAAUAUACCUGAUAUUUGUAUUCGAAUUAGGUAGAAAAAAACAUUUGAUUCACGAAGAUGAUAGGUACUGUCUGCCAGAAGAAAUGAACCCUCUGAACCAGAAGCAUGAAAAGGGUGGUUCAAAAAAAUUGUGAUUGUAUAUACUGUGUAUAAUUUUGGGGAAAUAAAGAUCUAUAUUUCCA